UUGGAGAGGAUAAAUAGGGUGCUGACUGAGGGGGAAGAGAGAACAGAAGGAAGCUGCCAUGGAAUUGUUUCUGUUGUUCCUGACUCUCCCCUUUCUGGGGACCUCAGUCCCUUUGUCCCCAGGACUGCGGGGUCUGCUUCCACCAGCACAUCUCUCUUGGAAGGCAAGGGCUGCUAUUGUUGGGGGAGAAGAAGCUCCGGAGGAUGAAUGGCCUUGGCAGGUCAGCCUGAGGAUGCAGGAGGAUGAGAGCAAUGGAAAAUAUUGGAAAUACUUAUGUGGGGGCUCACUCAUCCACACCCAGUGGAUCCUCACUGCAGCUUCUUGUUUUUCCAAUUUUAAACAGAAGCCUUCAAGCCUCAGGAUUCAACUAAGGGAGCAACAUUUGUACUAUGAGGACAAAUUGCUGCCUGUAUCAAAGAUUGUGGUCCAUUCCAACUUCACCUUUGAGAAUGAAGGUUCUGACAUUGCCCUGAUACAGCUGAAGGAUCCCGCCAAGCUGUCCAGCCAUGUCCAGCCUGUCCACCUUCCUGAUGCCUCACAGAGCUUCGACGGCAAAGAGUGCUGGGUGACCGGCUGGGGAUAUCUCGGUGGCGGAGAGAGUCUUCCCCCACCAUUCUCCUUGAGGCAAGUGCAGGUCUCAGUUAUGGACAAUCAGAGCUGUGACCAGCUUUACCACAAGGUUUCUACCAUUGAUGAAUCGGUCAGGAUAGUUCCUGAGGAUAUGAUAUGUGCUGGUAAAGAAGAUACUGGUGCCUGUGAGGGAGACCAAGGAGCGCCUCUUGUCUGUAAGGUGGAAGACUCGUGGCUUCAGGUUGGGGUGGCAAGCUGGAUAGAGGACUGUCAGAGGGACCCCAUCAGACCUGGAGUCUACACAAGUAUCCCACAAUAUGUGGACUGGAUCCAGAAAAUCAUUCAGUAGUCUUUUUGGAUGCAUUUCUCCUCUCUUCCUUUCUAGCUUCCAGGCUCUGUGACUACUGUAAAACCAACCAAACCUUCCUCAAUCUUUCCCUAUUUCUUCUGACCCAGGCUACUUCCCGGAACAGAGCACUUGGCUGGGAGUUAGGACACCUGGGUUCUGUGUCCUCUGCCACUGGUCUUUGUGUGACCUCAAGCAAAUCUCUUCCUUGGUGUGGUCCACUAAAGGGAGUUGCGUGCAGAGAACUCUUUUGGCUCUGAUAUUAUAUGAUUUGAUGAGCCUGUUCAGCUUGGGCAUAUGGGGUGGGUUUUUUUUUUCCAGGGAGAGAUGGAUGGGGCAAAUAAGGAGAGGAGGUAGUUGGUUGUUCUGUAUGGUAUUAUGCAUGCCUUAUUAAACUGUCUGCAAGAUC